CUGGAGGAAAACGUCGAGCCGGAGUUUUGAAUGUUUACUUGUAGGAAGAUUUCGAGCACAAGUUUGAUAAAGCGCUCCAGGAGCAUAGGGACAUGGUAGCGAGAGAUUGUAUUAUAACGUUAGCCCUAAAAUCGUGUUAGUAGUGGUAAAGCUCAGAGUGACCUCCCCCGGACGUUGCUACUGCAGGUACCCAUACACUUUCAGGCACGGAAUGCUCAGAUUCUGACGACAGUAGUGCAAGGCAAUCGUCGCGUUGUACUUGAACAUGUACGACUUGAACAUGUACGACAUGAACAAAACGACUGUCAAUGUCACAGUCGAGUGCCGUGUCUUGCUUCAGCCGUCCACAUUUAUGCACUUUGCCCUGAUCCCUUCGAUUGCCAUCAUCGCGGCGUUUGCAAUUUUGCAUAGAAAAAAUACCAAAUGUGGACGCCUUUCUUGGAGGCCUGGGAUGGUCGUGCCAGUGGACUUCCUGGAUGGCUAUACGAACCGUUGGGCACAUGCUGCGGCAUUCGGGGCUAUGUCGAACAGGCUCCUCGCCCUCCUUGUGAAUCGUGACCAGUAUUGGGGUGAAGACGUCGUGGCUCCCUAUUGGGUUAAACGAACUUUACUCCUGCUUUUGGCAAUGUUGGAAACAAGUCUGGUGUUCUACCCCAUCUUUGCGUGUUUAAACUCACCUUACAAACUGGUUGGGGGGAUUUUGGGAGCUUGCUAUUCCUUGACGUGGUGUAUCGUUCAGCUGAUAUACAUGUUUGACUGCCCUCACACUGAUUUUCCUACUUUUCUUUCAAAACUGAACCUGAGCUACAGCAAGCUGAUACUGCAAUGGCCCUCGGCAGCUUUUUUUCUCGUCAUCGUGGGCCAUUCAGUUUACAUGCUGUGGAUUUGCUGGGAAACAAGGGUAUUUGUUGUCAAGGGAAAACGGCGACUGGCCUUGCCCCAUCAUCUUGUCUAUGCUAGAUGCCUGCUGAAUGGGAAACUGCCUAAGCGAAUAGUAAAUGUGUUCGAUGAAGGCUUUGUGGAUACCUUCAAGUACAAGUCUAUUCACGGUUUCUCGUAUCCCUCUCGUAUACUGUGUGUGCUGUUUGUGGGCAUAUCGCUGUCUUACCAGAUUGUGAUAAACAUAUUCGACGGUGCUGGCAAACUUUCGACGGCUGUUGCAGAGUUGGCAAGACCGGUUGUCCCUGAAGAAAGUGUGAGUUCAAGACGCUUUUGGUUAGACGCGCUGACCAUUCAGACAGUCUGCACGUGGAUCGCAAGCGUCUUGGUGCUACUCAUCAUGAUCGGAACUUCGUUCCUUAUCUUAAAAAAUUACAGGCGCAACAUUUUGCAACUAUUCAGGGGAGAUAGAUCUUUUCUACCACCCAUAAACCUCUCUCCAACGACAUUGAUGGCUACCGGCAUGCGAUGGCCUGGAUAUCAGAUUGCUUACCUAUUCUGGGGUCUUAUAAUCUUCUUCUGUACCGUGUGGGCAAUUCUCUUCUGUGUAAUAUUUGGCGUGUAUCUUGUCAUUUUAUCAGGUUGGAAUAGCGUGGGAACUCUUGUUGAAUGGAUUGUAUCCCCAAUUUUGAUGAGUCUCAUCAUUUUCUACAGCCAAAAAGCUUGGGCACGUUUUUUCUUCCUCCAGCCUCGCCCCGGGCCCGAUCAACCUGUCCCACUUGCGCUUGAUAACCGGAAUGCUUUCGAUUCGGCUUAUUACAUCACCUUCUUCCUCAACAUUACCAUCGGUUUGUUUGCUUGUAUGAAAAGACUGCUACUGUCACUCGUUGUUGGUCUUCUAACUUUGGGCAGAACAGACCAGCCUUUCGUUAAGAGGGGCUAUGAGCGCUUGGACAAAGGUUACCGUGCCUAUCUCGGACAGCUUUUCCUGGACUACACGCACAACCAUCCAGUGCUCAGAAUUUUCUGCGACGAGUUGCUAACUUUGACAGAUGAUUUAAAGUUUCAAAGCCCAUUUGAUCAAUACAGGAUGGCUUCUUCGAACAAAGGUGACGCAAACAGGCGGGCGAGGCGACGAUGGCACGUGGCGUACACUCUUGUCCGUAACCCAGAUUUGAUAGCAGGGAGAAAACAUAAUAUUUCCUUCCAUGCUGAUCAGUCUGCAGGAGACAAUGAGGCUAUAAUGCAGCCCAUUGUGUCGGAGACAGUCGGUCUGUAAUGCAUCCCAGUCUGCAGGAGACAUUGGGAUUGUAAUGCAGUUCAGUGUGCACGGGAAAAUGAGGCCGUAAUGCAUAACCAGUGUGCAGAUUUGAGUUUGAUCGACCCUGAUUACCGUUUUAGACGCGAAGAGUCAGAAGCUCUGGGAUGCUGAUUCUAGAGGAAUGAGCUGUAAUAGUACAGCUUUACAGCGGUCACUACAAUGAUAAAGUUUUCUGACGAGUCGUUUCUUAUUUUCAAGUGCUUUCCGCUUAUUUGCGGUAUGUUAUUUGUUGGAUUUUUUCGAUUGGUGCCAAAUGCCCUUGGCUGUGGUCGAGCUGAUUUCAGACACAUACGUCCAAUUUAGACAAAACGGUGCACCUUUUUGUAGGCUUAGCUUCUUUAAGAAACACAUUAUUUCUAAAACGCUUAACAAAAGCUUCUAUCCACCCAGCCAACCUGUUUUGUAAAAGCUAUAUUCAGUUGUCUUACUUUCUUUUCAAUAAAUCACGUAUAUAAUUUUGGCAGCACCGGUGUGGGCCAUUUUGAGCUUUCAUAAUGAAAGUUUCUGCUCCUGUUUCUUCUUUGUAUGUGUAAAAGCUUUAACAUGUAUGAAUAAUUUGGGGUUAAUGUUUUGUUUUGAUAAUUCUCUAAAUGAUUCAAAUGAUUAUGGAAUAUGUGUAGGCCAUCCUGCGAUUUCAGAAUGGAAGUCGCUGUUCCUGUUUCUUCUUUCAAUGUGUAAAAACUUUAAAAGCUUUAACAUGUAUUAAUAAUUUUGGGUUAAUGUUUUGUUUUGAUAAUUCUCUAAAUAAUUCAAAUGAUCAUAGAAUAUUUUUUUGAUUAAAUUAUAUCAAAGUAACGGAUUAAACUGAUUAUUCUAUACAUUA